UUCCCAGCAAGUGGUACGUUGACUGACUAUGAGCAGAAGUCUUUCCGGCCUGCUACCUCCCCUCCCCUCUUUCUUUUCCAUCUGUCAAGGACCUCCUCUGCUUCUGAGGUCACCCGGGGGUGAACGCCAUGACAGCAGACUCGUCUCCUUCACAGGUAAAGGGUACAAUGGAUGACCCAGAGAUGGAUGCUCCUCGCGAAGACCCAGAGGAGCAGCCAACUCAGGCAACAAAUAAGAUACUGAAGCGUACCACAUCGUUCGCUCAAGGCACCAUUGCCACUGCAACCGGCUUCGUCACCGCAGGAUUCUCCGUGCGCAAAGAUGUUCUCUUGCACCGGCACGUCCUGGUGACCGGCGGUUUCUUCCUGGUCAUUGCAUACCUAUCUGCUCUCCUGCUGGUCUACUUGAAACUGUUCUUGACAGGAUACAGGCAGCUGCACAAGGGGCACAUCCGGUUCAUCCAGUUCCUCUGCGUGAUCAGCGGCGCGGCUCUGAUCGCGACGAACUCCCUGCUGCUGGUCCUCAUAAGUGAAGGAAACGUCUUGUUGUCUCUAAAUCUGCUGCCCAUACAGGGCCUCAUCGGCGUUCUCGCGUACCACGCGAUGCCGACGGAGGACAGCAUGCGCGACGAGGCGUUCGACGCGGGGAUCAAGAGCGGCCGCAAGGUCGCCCUGUUCGCCACGGCGACGGCAUUCGCCGUGCAGACCACGCUGCUCUUCGGCUACCUCAGCAACUCCAGCUUCCGGGCGCUGGGCCACCGGUUCGACCUCUCGGUGUCCUUCCUGGCGUCGGCGCUCAGCGUGUUGCUGGUCGUGGCCACCUGCAUGCCGCUCGGGUACAAGACCGAGGCCUCGAGGGACAAGGUGCUGUCCCUCGUGAGGUACCUCAAGGACGCCGUCAUCGCCUUGCUCGCGGUGACCGCGGUGACUAUUGGCAAGGAGUUUCUCGGCGGCGACACCGUGCUCGCGCUCUUCCCGGAGAUCACCGUGGCUGCCAUGUACUAUGCCGUGAACCUGUUCAGUGACGAGACCGCGGAGCAGGGCCACCAGCGUGACGCCGCGGAGCACAAGAUGGAGAUCCUGCCGACCGCCGUCGUGGCGACGUUCGGCUUCGGCAUGCUGGGCGCGACGUACGCGUCGCUGGUCGGCACGCCGGAGUACGACAUGUACACCAAGGCGCUGGUGUUCACCUUGGUCUCCGCCGUCAUGUCCAGCCUGGGGCGCGUGGCGGGGCCGCUCUGCAGCCCCCGGCGCGACAAGAACGCGGCGGCGUGCGUGGUAUUCCUGAGCAACAUCCUCCCCAUCGUGGAGAUGCUGGUGGCCGUCCCACUCGCCGCGAAGGUCGUCAUCAACGUGCUCCCCGCGUCCUAAUCCUGUACUAUGAUGCACAUUGCACACGUAAAUUGUUGUUGUUGUCAGGCUUGGUACUGGAGAUUUCUUCUUGUUCAGAGCAGUGGACUCAACUUUUGUAAUAUUGUAGCAUAAUUGUUUUUCAAACACAAGAAAUGACCUGGAACCAUCUAGUAUCUAUGUGUGUUUAAUUUAUGCAGCACUGCUGAUUAUAGCUGUAACAGGUCUAGUAAGCCUUGAUUUCA